CAUCUCGCAGGCAGCACCACCGACCGUCCUCUCCGCUCCGCUCCACUCCCCAGCUCUCCCAGUUCACCGAGCUCCGCCACCGCACCAGUCCGGCGGCUACGUCCUCCUCCUUUCGGUCGACGCUGCCUUCUUCCCGUGGCCGGCAAGGCGGAAGGAAGCCGAGCAAGACCUGUGGAGAAGCAUGUGAUGACUCACGCAAGGCAGACAGCUUCCCUCAGCCGAAACCCCAGUAGUGCUGAGUGCUGUGAAAGCAACCGUCCUUGGCCUCAUGGUGGUGCUAUGGGUAGCGACUGGACUGAGCGUACAUUACGGUUUGGCAGGACAAAGAAGAUAAGUGGGAUCCUUAAACAAGGAAAGGYCAUGACUAAGAGGAUGAACAAGAAGAGAGAGAGAGUCAAAAGGUCAGACAAAAGCAGAAAGUUGAACCCCAAGCCAGAGAAGAAACGAGACCGGAAGUUGUACCCGUUGCGAGGGAGGGCUGGGAAUUCAGAAGGGGAAGGGUUGAGCUGCCAUGUUCUUCUUACCCGCUUGGAAGAAAACUUGCGUAAAAAAAGGUUGAAACAAAGGGAGGGCAAAGUUUGCCUCAAAUCUAAAACAGGGAAAUGCAGAGAAAGAAAACAGUCAAAGUCAUUAGCAAAAACCAAAUCAAAGGCAAAAUGCUCAAGUUUUGCUGAGUGUACUGGACUCGGAGGUCUACAACCACGCAAACGCAGACUGGCCUCUCUCAAUGCUGAAGCAGUGAACAGUCUGCUGCUUGAAAGACCCACUGAUGCCCAACCUGCUGCCAAACAGACCAAGAGACAGGAAGAGUCUGCAGAUGGAGGGGUUUCUCCAGAUCCAGGCAGAAGUACCAUCACUGGAGGUCCGAAAGCUUCUCGAGAGACUGUUAGUAAAACCUCUACAUCUGACAAGUUUAAUCCGUGCCAAAGCUCUAAGCUGAGCAAGAAAGUUAAGCGAGGUGAUGAAAGCAUUUGGAUGAGCCAGGAAUGUUUGGAUGCCCCUGCACCCAGACGGUUAGCUGGACUCAAUGCUGCAGCUCUGCUAAAGUUAACUAGUUCCUCUGCUACUAGUAAACAGAGAGCAAAGGCUACACCCUCGGCAGCUAUCGCUUCAGACUGUGCGGCUCCGGCUGCAGUCUCAACUCCAAAGCAGCACCACAGGGUCAAACUCCACCACAAGGGACAUUUACAAACUCGGAAAGACAAAAAAGUCCCUCUGCCGCCCAGUGACUGCACAGCCUGUAAGAAGAAGGUUGAUUUUGAGCCCAAGGUAGAGUGGGAGACGGGCAACUGCACACAGCACCUGACCAAGCCAGGCUAUCAGUCUCGUAGCAUGCUAGCCUAUCCACUGAAGCAAGUGAAGGAGGAGCAACUGGAGACUGAACUGAGCCCAUACUACUGCUGUCCUCCCGAUGGAUCCAUGGAAUACUGCCACCGCUUGGCCUACUUCCUUGGUCAGCAGCCCUACAGUGACUCAGAAGACACAUCACUUAAAUCAGCCAUGACCCCCGUGAAGCCCGAGUGCCUAGUAACCUCACCGUCACUGGCACAUCCCCACCCCCACACAGCCCUCACCCUCAGCCCCCACGCGUGCCUGUGCACCGCCGACCACUGCUUCUCCAGCUACUAUGUCCACAUCGCCCACCCGACACACACUGGAACAAACUCAGCAACCAUAACCACACGACCUCUCAACUUCACCUCCCCUAGUUUGUGCCCCAACCCUAUCGGUGGCUCCAAGCUGCUGGGUCAGCAGGUGACCCAUCCCUCGGGGUUAGCCCACCCCACCUACUGCAACUCGGUGGCUUCGCACUGCUACGGAGACGCCUGCGGGAUCGGCGGCUACGCCUUCAGAGCGAUGCCUCCGGUCACGAGCAGGGGUUGUUCCUUCAGUGCAGGAUGUGCUGGAUGUACACACGGCAUCAAAACCGAGUCUUACUCCUCCUCUCAGGGGACUCACAGCCCUUCCCUUCUGGUUCCCCCCACCAUGCCAAUCUCCAGCUGCCCUUUAUCUAGCGUGCCCACCUCCACACAGACUAAAACCCACCUACUGAGUCCCCUGUCUGAGCGGGAUCAACCCCAGGCCAGGUUAAAGCUAAAGAAAUGCCCACAGAGCACCAAGGUCUCCAACAGCUCCCUGUCCACGAGCCGCAUUCAGCUACUGACGAAGCAGGUGUCGCCUGUACCCAACUUGAGCAACAGCAAACGGAAGAAAGUCAGCCGCCGCCGCGCCACCAACGGCUGGAGGCCUGUUGGGACCCCCACAGAGAGGGAGGUCUUUGUCGCGGGCGAGGAUGAGGCGGCCGUGCGGCAGUGUUAUGAAGGAGUCGAGCGGGACGGCGAGGUCAUACAUGUGAGAGACACCGUGCUGUUGCGGUCUGGCCCCAGGAAGAAAUCGCUCCCAUAUGUUGCCAAGAUAUCAGCCCUCUGGGAGGACCCCAAAACAGGAGAGCUGAUGAUGAGCCUUUUUUGGUACUACAGACCUGAGCACACUCAGGGAGGCCGAGAUCCCAGCGCACACUGUGAGAAUGAGAUUUUCGCCUCUCGGCAUCAGGAUGAAAAUAGUGUGGCCUGCAUCGAAGACAGAUGCUAUGUUCUCCCACUUGCCCAGUACUGUAGAUUUUGUGCCUUGGCAAAGCGGCGUGCCGAAGGCGCCCCACCUGGCGGGGCCAGCAUGGUGCCCUUCCGCCCUGACUUCGCCCCCCCCUCCCACCGCUGUGUGCCCACAGACGUCGACCCCGACUUGGUGUACCUCUGCCGGCACGUCUACGACUUCCGUUACGGACGCAUCUUGAAAAAUCUGCAGUAGAGAAGCGGAAAAGGCCGUCGCACAUUUUGAAAUAAUUGUCGCGUAGUUCCGCCUCCUGCACAGAGGAGGGGCACUUGAAGGACAGAACACCCCCUUCAAGCCCGAGGGAGGAGGGGGACGGGGGUUGGUUUAGGCAAAUGUAUGGACAGAAUACGAAGCACAGAUCCCUUUAAAAGGGGGUUGUAAUGCAUGAAUGGUAACGCAUCUCAGUCAGAGCACCGGUGUUGGCUGGGAAAGCUAACAAGACAAACUUCAUUCAUCCGAUUUUUCAUGCUUAGUGGCGUCAAAGCUUCUGUCAGGGUUUCCUCUGAAGCGUCUUAGCACAACAAUCCUGUUUGUUCCAUUUGCAAGCCGCAGCCUCACCAAUCAUCCGGGGCUAAGGUGCUGUCAGGGAACAUCGUUCUCCACCAGCUGGAGUGGAAGGCUAUAAUGAAGUGUCGUCUCAUUUCCCCUGAUUGGAGGGCGUCGCCCUCGAGGUUAAACGACUAAUCGUGAGAACGAGUCGCGGCUUUUUUAGGAGGCUUUUAUGCAAUCAAACCUGACACGCAGAUUUAGAUGAAGUCUCUUUUUGUUCCCUCCCCUGACGUCUACAGAAACAGCUUUGUUUCAACUGAUGCUCGACACAGAACUCAAACACUUCACCCUGAAGAGGUUUUGUGUGACAGAUCAUUCCGUUCUACGCUUCAGUUUAGGGCAAAACUUUCUAUUCAGUCGUCUUUUAUCUCAGAAGCAGCUCUGAUAAGACGGCGUGUUGUCAUCCAUUGUUUCCAGGCUCUUUUCUUUUUUUCUGAAUAUUUAUCAUAUUUACUGUAACUUAAUAUUUGACUGACAGGGAGAGCUGGGUACGGCUCGCAAACUAAGAGUCUGAUUAGCUGAUGACAGAAA